UGUAGAAAUGCUUGGUUCAUCCAGUGGGUGGAGGACAAUAAACCAAACACAAGUUGGUGAAGCCCAUGACUAUAACUGCAGCUAUCCAGACAAUCUGAGGGGCACUAAACUGUUGGACCUUUCGUGUUCAGUAGACGUAGGCUUCUUCUACUUCCUGUCCACCACUUCUCUGGUCCUCCUCACCCUGCUGGGGUCCAUCAUCUACCAUCUCCUGAGACGGCAAGUUGUCUAUUCCUUCUUCUUCUUCUUCGUGGCAUUUCUCUACGACACCAAGCGGAGGAACAGGCGUGCAGCUUAUCAGUAUGAUGCCUUCGUCUCCUACAACACCCACGAUGAGCCCUGGGUCCCGAGGGAGCUUCUGACAGAGCUGGAGGGGCAGCAGGGCUGGAAGCUGUGUCUGCACCACCGGGACUUCCAGCCAGGCAAACCCAUCAUAGAAAACAUCACAGAUGCCAUCUACUGGAGCCGCAAGACCAUCUGUGUGAUCAGCCGUCACUGUCUGGAGAGUGAGUGGUGCUCCAGAGAGAUACAGGUGGCCAGCUUCCGUCUGUUUGACGAGCAGAAGGAUGUGUUGAUCCUGGUGUUUCUGGAGGAGAUCGCAGACCAGCAGCUCUCUCCCUACCACCGCAUGAGGAGGCUGCUGAAGAGAAAAACCUACCUCAGCUGGCCCAGAGCUGGGGAGUACGCCGGGGUCUUCUGGCAGAAACUACGGGUGGCUCUGGAGACCAGGGACUGCCCUGCUGAGCAGAACCCAAUCCUCACUGGGGUGGAGAGAUGGUGACAGAAAUAAACUAAAUGUACUAACCUUUAACCUAUAUGUUCAUCAGACAUGUUAUGAUAUAAACAUGACUGAACGUUAUUGACAAAUACUAAUGCAUCUUAUAUAAUUAGAAAUUCAGCUAAUUUACUUGCGUAUAGUUACAUGCCUACCCAGCUAGCAAAAUAUUGAACCAAAUGUGAAGUGGGCCAAUGAAUGCAGAUGCAGAUUGCUAUAAGUUUGCUCUCAGGGUCAUUUUUUAUUAACUUGCUUAGCUUUGCCUAAUAUCAUUGGUGUUUUUUCUUCUUCGAGUAAGAUAAAAAUGUACAAUUAUUAU